CGACGCUGUUUCGUUCAUUUUUUUCUCGCGUGUGUGUGUUGUACGAAAGUGACGAAUUAGUUUUUAAUUGACAAAAUUUUUCAAUCUAUGAAAAUUCCUGCAGCAUUUUUGCUAAAUAAAAAACCAGAACUCUGUUGAAACCAUUAUAGAACGAGAAUCGAGGAAAAAACAUUGCAAAACCUUUAUAGAAUAUAAUAAAAAUGGCCGAAGGAGGUAAUAGCAAGCGCAUCGUUGUCAAUGUGAAAACACCGAAGGAGAAAAAAACAAUCGAAGUGGAUGAAGAUUCUGGAAUUAAGGACUUCAAACAACUGGUCGCACAAAAGUUCGACUCUGAACCCGAACAGUUGGUGCUGAUCUUUGCGGGUAAAAUCAUGAAGGAUAGCGACACGUUAAAAACGCACAACAUAAAAGACGGUCUGACAGUACACCUGGUGAUUAAAGCACCGACCCGCGCUUCAGAGCCGGCCAGUCGACCAGCCGCAGAUGUACGUCAAACGCCAUUCGGACUUAACCAACUAGGGGGGUUGGCUGGCAUGGAAGCAUUGGGCGCUGGUACCGGCUCUUUCAUGGAUCUACAAGCACGCAUGCAAAGUGAAUUAUUGAAUAAUGGCGAUAUGUUACGUUCAGUUCUGGAUAACCCGCUGGUGCAGCAAAUGAUGAAUAAUCCGGAAAUCAUGCGCACUCUUUUCACUUCGAAUCCUCAAAUGCAGGACCUUAUGCAGCGCAAUCCGGAAAUUUCGCAUAUGCUUAAUAAUCCAGAGCUACUUCGGCAGACCAUGGAGCUGGCACGCAAUCCUUCCAUGUUGCAGGAGUUGAUGCGUUCACAUGAUCGCGCCAUGUCUAAUUUGGAAUCGGUACCCGGGGGUUAUAAUGCGUUACAGAGAAUCUACCGCGAUAUUCAGGAGCCAAUGUUGAAUGCAGCCAGCGAUUCGUUUACACGUAAUCCCUUCUCCGGGCUCAUGGAUAGUGCUGGCGGCGGAAAUAACCCUCAGCAGGGCACUGAAAAUCGUCAACCGUUGCCAAAUCCAUGGGGCGGUAGCGGCAAUGCUAGUGGUACGGCUAGUGGCAACUCUGCGUCCGGCGCAAAUCCAGACCUGCCACCACGAGGUAUGCUUAAUACGCCGGCUAUGCAGAGUCUUAUGCAGCAAAUGGCUGAAAACCCAUCAUUAAUGCAAAACCUCUUAAAUGCACCUUACACGCGCUCCAUGAUGGACGCCAUGUCACAGGAUCCUGAGAUGGCAUCGCGUCUUCUUAGUACCAGCCCGUUAUUGGCUAACAAUCCGCAACUGCAAGAUCAGGUGCGUCAAAUGAUGCCGCAGUUCCUCAACCAAAUGCAAAAUCCCGAAGUACAGAAUAUGUUGACAAAUCCAGAAGCAUUGAAUGCAAUAAUGCAAAUACAACAGGGCAUGGAGCAAUUGCGUUCGGCUGCACCGGGUCUAGUCGGUUCGCUGGGUAUACCAGCACCGCCACCUGGCAAUACGGAGAGCUCAACCGGCACGACAAACUCGACCACGAAUACCACCAGUGGUGGUGGUAGUGACCCUAAUCGUCCGGCUACUGCACCCGGUGGAGGGCCGAAUGCGCAGCUCUUCAAUGACUUCGUUUCGCGCAUGUUGAAUGGCAUGAGUGUGCAGUCAGAUAACACGCAGCCACCAGAGGUGCGCUAUCAAUCGCAGCUGGAGCAGUUGGCCUCAAUGGGGUUCGCCAAUCGGGAAGCCAACUUGCAAGCGCUAAUCGCCACUUUUGGAGACAUCAAUGCUGCCGUUGAGCGGUUAUUGGCACUAAAUCAAUUAUCUUUAAGUUAACAUCUUUAAACGAAUUGCAAUUGUUUAUUUAAUAAAUACACGAAAUUACCAACAAAAACAUAACUGCUGUUGCUGCUGCUGAUUAGACGACCUAGAGACAACCCGUUCGCUUUCCUCCCCAAAAAAGUUAAAUAUGUGAAAUACAAAUGUCCCAGCAAAUUAACUAAAAUUAAAAAAGAAAUCUAAAUGAAAAAAAAACUUUACAAAAACCAAAUCUUUUUUUGUUUGGGACCGCGGCAACAUUUCGUAAAGUUACAUACCUACAUGUAUACAUACCAAAAGUAAAAGCAAACACUAAAGGAACCGUUGAAGAUAAGGAUUAAAAACAAAUCAAACAUUACCUUACAUAAACAGUGGAAAAGAAGAAAUGAAUAGAAUCAUUAACUAGCAAUUUCACUAUUAUUUGCUAAAGCUGGUUUAUAAUUCAUUUAAUAGUCAAAUUCAUUUAAAAUGUGUUCGAUUUAUUCAUCUUAUUUUCGAAAGUAUUUAAAGCAAAAGAUUAAAAUAAAAAAAUAUCUGAAUUGUCGGUAUUUUUCCUAAUUCCCUUUAGAUGGUAAAUAAAACAUUUUUAGUGAAUUUGACUAUUAAAUAAUCUUUGCAGAAAAUAUUAAAAAGGCAUCAAAUUAUUCCAUGCAUUAAUAUUAAAAUGCUAAAACAAUUUCCAAUUCCUUUACUUUUUUUUUCUUUUUUUUUUAAUAAAUGGUAUUUUAUCCGUAUAGGGGCCCAUUAACAUAAAUAUAAUCUUUAUUUAAGUAAUUCCGUAUAUAAAGAUGGAUAUUAAUUAAGUAGUUUAACAAAUUCGAGUCGGAGUGAAACAUUAAAUUACACAGAAAAUUUGUUUAAGGAAUGAAAGGGUGUGUAAGGUCAGUGAAUAAAACAAAAGGCUGGCAAACGUAAACAUAAAUACUUUUACUACUAUUAUACAAAAAAAUUUUAUGGAGCAAAAAUAUACAUCUGAUUGGUUCUUAUUAUUUAAGAAUGUUGCGUGUAUCUUUUAUUCUUUUAUAAUUAUUAGCUAUGUAUAUCCCCUACUAUUAUUAGCACACAAGAACACAUAGCUGCAUGUAUGCAAUUAUAUGAGUACAUACUUACAUGGAAGUUAUUAAAUACACGAAAGUAUAUGAAUACGA